UCGUCUCUUUCUAUAUGUGGGGAACGCGGCCCCCUUUUUUCCCCAUUUCGCUCCAAUUUCGUCGAAGGGGUCCUCUCUAUCUCCACUAGUAUCAUACUUCUGAAUCGUAUCGAUCGCCUUCGUCGAAGCCCUAAUCGCAAAGGCCGGUCCAUCAGUUUCCUUUCCGCGGUUCGUGUUGAGAUCGGGACUUGUUAUUUAGAAGCCGGCGAAGAUGUUUGGCAGGCUUUUUGGAAAGCCCAAGGAGCAAACCAGUACCUUGGCCACCCUCGAUAAAUUAAAUGAGACACUUGAAAUGCUUGAGAAAAAGGAGAAGGUCCUCCUAAAGAAGGUUUCUGCUGAGGUUGAAAAGGCUAAAGAGUUCACCAGAGCAAAGAAUAAGAGAGCUGCUAUACAAUGCUUGAAGAGGAAGAGACUUUAUGAGCAACAAGUUGAGCAACUUGGAAACUUCCAGUUGAGGAUUCACGAUCAGAUGAUAAUGUUGGAAGGUGCAAAAGCUACAACAGAGACUGUUGAUGCAUUGAGAACUGGAGCAGCUGCAAUGAAGGCUAUGCAAAAAGCAACUAAUAUUGAUGAUGUUGACAAGACUAUGGACGAGAUUAAUGAACAGACAGAGAACAUGAAACAAAUUCAGGAAGCAUUAGCCACUCCUAUUGGAGCUGCAGCUGAUUUUGAUGAAGAUGAAUUGGAAGCAGAACUGGAAGAGUUGGAGGGAGCAGAGUUGGAGGAACAGCUUCUUCAGCCUGCUACAACUGCUCCUUCUGCUCCAGUGCAUGUUCCUGCUGGUAGAGUACCAGCCCGACUUGCUCCCCAGAAAAAUACUGCUGAAGAAGACGAACUUGCUGCAUUGCAAGCUGAGAUGGCAAUGUAGUAACUAGUGAGGUUAAUGAUGGUAAAAGGAAGUGAGUCUGGAUCAUGUAAAAAUGAUUUGGUAUACAUUAAAUGCUGGCAGAAAGUCUGGUUUGAUAGAUCCUACUGCACUGUGCAUCUGCAAGCAAUUAAAUGGUGGGGAAAAAAAAAACAAAAUUGUUAUCUUCUAUGUGUAUUUCUGGUUCCUAUUCUCUUGUACACAUUUUUAUGAUACUGCUGUGGUGUCAUUAUAUCUGAUACACCGAUACUUGGUCUACGUUUGAUAGUACAUGUUCCAAAAGAAAUGCAUAAAUAAAUGCUGAGUUUUACCUUC